AUGCUAUUGCCCGCAAGAUGGCUAACACGAGUUGCACGUUCGACGCAAUUGGCCUUACGUCCACAUCAAUGGAAACGAUCUCUAGCAAAUGUUGUCAACACUAUUCCUCCUACCGGACAUGAACAGGCAAUCAAACUCCGCAAUUACCAGGAAGAAUGCAUUCAAUCAGUAUUGUCAGCCCUUGGACAGGGCCAGAAGCGGCUGGGUAUCUCUCUUGCCACCGGGAGUGGAAAGACUGUAAUCUUUACGCAACUCAUUGAUCGGGUCCGAGCCCCUUCUAAACAUGCGGACCAAACUCUCAUCCUUGCUCACCGACGGGAGCUUGUUGAGCAGGCGGCUCGACAUUGUGAAAAGGCAUACCCGAACAAAAGUAUAGACAUCGAAAUGGGGGAGACCAAAGCCUCUGGAGCAGCAAAUAUCACUGUUGCAUCUGUUCGGAGUAUGAUCUCGGGCGAUCGAUUGAGCAAAUACGAUCCCUCUAGAUUCAAACUAGUCCUCGUCGAUGAAGCUCAUCAUAUUGUUGCACCAGGAUAUCUGGAAGUGCUGGAACAUUUCGGCUUGGAACAAAAACGAGAAAGCGGGCCAGCUCUGGUCGGGGUCUCCGCAACAUUCUCUCGUUUUGACGGACUGAAAUUAGGCGCAGCAAUCGACGAAAUUGUUUACCACAAAGAUUAUGUCGACAUGAUCGAUGAAAAUUGGUUAUCAGCCGUCAAAUUCACCACGGUCAAAUCCCAAGCAGACCUAUCGAAAGUCAAAUCAAGUUCUGGCAGUAAUGGAGACUUUCAGACCAGUCUACUUGCCGAGGCUGUCAACACCGAGAUCACGAAUGAGAUCACCAUCAAAUCAUGGCAAUCAGAGGCGUGGGAUCGAAAGUCAACCCUAGUCUUCUGUGUCAAUAUCGCACAUGUCAAGGGCCUCACUUAUGCAUUUCGACAUAGAGGAAUCGAUGCACGAUACGUUACUGGGGCUACCAAGAAGAAGGACAGAGGAGAACGUCUCGAACAAUUUAGGAAAGGCGAAUUCCCUGUCUUACUGAAUUGUGGUGUGUUCACAGAAGGCACCGACAUACCCAAUAUUGACUGUAUCCUGCUUGCGCGACCAACUAAAUCCCGGAACUUACUAGUCCAGAUGAUCGGUCGGGGUAUGCGACUCCAUCCCGAUAAAAAGGACUGCCAUGUCAUUGAUAUGGUCGCAUCUCUUGCAACCGGUGUUGUUUCUGUGCCGACUCUCUUCGGCCUCGACCCAUCAGAAAUGGUCAAGGGAGCUACAGCGGACGAUCUCAAAGAACUCAAGGAGAAGCAAGAGAUUGAAGCUACCAAGAACGCAGCAGUAGCUUCCCCCUUCAUGGCCGGAUCCUCAAAUCUCUCAGACAACCACACCCUCAAGUUCACCCAUUACGAAUCCGUCCACGACCUCAUCGGCGAUGCUUCUGGCGAGCGACACGUACGCGCCAUGUCACCCAACGCAUGGGUACAAAUCGACCAGCACAAAUACAUCCUCGCUGCACGCGGCGGAAUCCUAACUUUAGAGCGGCACCUCUCCCCCGACACUCCCGAUAAUGACCAUUUCGCCGUGAUCUGGAAGCACGAGUUGCCGCGGGCCGAGGGCAUCAAAUCGCCGUGGUCGCGGCCCCGCACCGUAGCAACAGCAACAACACUGUCCGACGCCCUGCGCUCAGCCGACACAUUUGCCGGCCGCAACUUCGAGCGCAUCUUCAUCGCGACGAGCUCGAGCUGGCGCAAGCGUCCGGCGACAGAGGGCCAGCUGGGCUUCCUCAACCGUCUGCGCGAAGUUGGCAUGGAGGAGCCGUUGACGGAAGAUGAUAUCACGAAGGGCCAGGCCGGUGACAUGAUUACGAAAAUCAAGUUUGGGGCCAGAGGUAGAUUCGAUCGGCUGCAGAGUACUCGAAGGAAGGUCGAGAGGGAGGCGGAGAAGUUGCAGGUCAGGAAGGAGAGGGAAACGGUCAAGGUCGGGCCGUUGGAGAGUUGA